GCGGCAUGGUCAAGAACAAGCGUGGAAACAUCGCGAACGCGAAGGAACGUGUAGAGCAUGAGCACCAGUGGCUCACCUAAGGUCGAUUUGAGCUGCUGGGCGAAGAGAACGGGGACCGGAGGUAGGAGUUCGACGGCGGAGUGGAGCUCGGGCGGCUUUAAUGGCUGGCGGCCGGAAAAGCUUCGGUUCCCGGCGAUUUGGUCGAUGAGGCUCGCGAAGGAGGGGUCGAGGAGGAAGCUAGGAAGGUUGUCGAGCUUUGGUUGCGGUGGAUUUGAAAUGCGGAGCUCGCGGAUUUGGCCGACGAGCACGAACUGCUCAGACGCCGUCCAUGGUGAGCAGAGGAAGGAGAAGGAGAUCAAGGCGAGGCGCAAGAGAGAAGUGAGGCAGCUGGCGAGCUCGGGAGAGGGGCGUGGUCGACUUGGCGACGCCACCGACGGCCGGGAAACCGGGAUCGGCCUCCACGACGACACGCACGGCGGUGGGAGGCUUCGGGAGAGCUCGGGCGCCAUUACUGCGACGUGCAGCACAGGAAGAUGGGAGGUGGGUGUAUGACAGCUAUGGAGGCUCUGGACAUGGGUGGAGCGAAGAACAAAUGCGAGGCCAUCAGGGUUCAAGACUCGGGGGGCAUCGCAGCUGGCAGCACAGCGCUCGGCUUUGCCACUAAUAAAAAAUACCAAUAUAAUUUAAACGUUGGGUUUCGUUCUGGUCCCUUCUACAGCAUGGUGCCUAGCUCUAGCUCCACCGCUGUUGAACAUUUCAGAUACGACUAUGGCUAUGGAGCUUUUAAUCCCACCGGUUUAGGAUUUGGGAACCCGCACGACUUUGACAAGCGGAAGACCCAAUACCAGCAGCACAUCAGCGGUGGCGUGAUGAGAUGUGCGCUCGGCAACCAGGACCCCCGGCCACAGAUGGCGGGCCAACAAUUAAUUAAAUGUCAUGACAAGUUUAAUCUACUAUUUUUUCUACCUAAAAAGAAGGAAAUUCAGUCUACCUCUUGCGUGAGUCUGCCUCAUGCGCUCUGUGGUUCUGCCUCCCCUCCCUGCGCGUCUCCCCAGGGUUAACCAUUUCGUUUUCCGGUCAAAUCCCGGUGUUUAGCGGAA